CCUCCAACCUUUUACCCUUCUGGCAAUCAUAGUCUCUCUCUCUCUCCCUGCCUUCCAUCAUAACUCCCCGUCCGCCAGCAUUUGUGAAGCCAUGGCCAUUGGAAACAUUUCCAGGUUCGUGCUUUCCGUUCUCUUCCUCUGCUCAAUUCUGAAGACCCAUUUCUCUUUAGGAGUCGACAUCAUCUCUUCUGGCAACUCGUUGUCUGGGGACCAGACCAUAGUCUCUGCUGGUGGAGAAUUUGAGCUGGGUUUCUUCAAUCCAGGUAAUACCUCAAGCUUCUACAUAGGUAUCUGGUACAAGAAAAUUUCUUUACGGACUGUAGUUUGGGUGGCAAACAGAGAUGAACCCAUCUCUGAUAAAUACUCCUCUGAGCUGAGGAUCUUAAAUGGUAAUUUAGUUCUUUUGAAUGGGUCUCAGAACCCAGUGUGGUCUACAAAUGUAGGUUCCCCUACUUCAAAUUCUACAGAAGCGGUUCUCUUGGAUGAUGGAAAUUUUUUUUUGAGAGAUGGGCCCAAUUCAUCUAGAGCAAUAUGGCAAAGUUUCGAUUUUCCGACAAAUACUUGGCUUCCAGGUUCGAAGCUUGGUUUGGAUAAGCGCAACAAUAGGACACAGCUCCUUACUUCAUGGAAGAAUUCAAAUGAUCCUGGUACUGGGAUCUUCACCCUUGAGCAUGACCCAGAUGGAUCUAGUCAGUAUAUUUCAAUGUGGAAUAUGACUAAACAGUAUUGGACUAGUGGGGUGUGGAAUGGGCAAUUUUUUAGUUUUGUUCCUGAAAUGAGAACGAACUACAAGUACAAUUCUAUACAAUUUAAUUUCAGCUAUGUCACGAAUGAGAAUGAGAGUUAUUUCACAUAUUCAUACCUUAAUACUUCCAUUAAAUCACGAUUUAUAAUGGACUUAUCUGGGCAGAUCAAGCAAUUGUACUGGUUGGAGUCUGCCCAGCAGUGGUAUCUGUUUUGGUCCGAACCCACACAGCAAUGUGCGGUACAUGCUCUUUGUGGACCAUUCGGAAUUUGCAACGAGAAGACUGAUCAUUUCUGUGGUUGUUUGCCGGGUUUCAUCCCAAGCUCUCAGAAAGAUUGGAAUUUGAGUGACUGGUCUGGUGGUUGUAAGAGAGAUGCGAAUUUACAGUGUGGUGAUAAUGCUUCUAAUAGGGAGAAAGACCAGUUUUUGGCGAGCCCUAACAUGAAAUUGCCUGUGAAUCCGCUGGCUUUGGUGGCUCAAAGUCUUGGAGAAUGUGAAUCGGCAUGCCAAAGUAACUGCUCUUGCUCUGCUUAUGCUUUUGACAAUGGUGGGUGUUCUAUCUGGAUUGGAGACUUGUUAAAUUUGCAACAAUUGCCGCAAGAUGACAAUAGUGGAAAAACUCUAUAUUUCAGACUUGCGCCAUCUGAGUUCCCCUCUCACAAUAGUAGUACGGGAGAAGUUGCAGGUAUAGUUGUGGGCUCAGCUGCAGGUGUAUUGGCACUCUUUGGUUUUGUUUUGAUUUUAUGCCUUUGGAGGAGGAGAGUGGUCAGAUCAACAAAAAACGUAGAGGGUUCUUUGGUGGCAUUUGGGUACAGAGAGCUGCAAGCUGCAACAAAAAAUUUCUCAGAAAAGUUAGGGGGAGGAGGUUUUGGCUCUGUUUACAAGGGGGCAUUGUCCAAUUCGACCAUUGUAGCUGUGAAGAAGCUUGAAAACAUUGGCCAAGGAGAGAAACAAUUCCGAACAGAAGUCAGCACAAUUGGGACAAUCCAACAUGUUAAUCUCGUUCGGCUUCGUGGGUUUUGCUCCAAAGGUACUGAGAAGUUGUUGGUCUAUGAUUACAUGCCAAAUGGCUCUCUAUCUGCCCAUCUUUUUCAUGGGACAGACUCAUCAAAAGAUUUGGACUGGAAAACAAGGUACCAUAUUGCACUGGGGACUGCCAGGGGACUGGUUUAUCUCCAUGAGAAGUGCAGAGACUGCAUCAUACAUUGUGACAUAAAGCCUGAAAACGUUCUUUUAGAUGCUGAUUUCUGUCCAAAAGUGGCAGAUUUUGGCCUUGCAAAGCUUGUUGGCAGGGACUUCAGCCGGGUCUUGACAACCAUUAGAGGCACAAGAGGUUAUCUUGCACCAGAAUGGAUUUCAGGUGUGGCUAUUACAGCCAAAGCUGAUGUUUACAGUUAUGGAAUGAUGCUGUUUGAAUUCAUUUCUGGAAGACGAAACUCUGAGCUAUAUGAAAAUGGCGAAGGCAAGUUCUUCCCUACUUGGGCUGCAACCAAAAUAACAGAAGGCAAUGAUGUCCUUAGCCUAUUAGACCAUCGGUUGGAUGGAAAUGCUGAUGCAGAAGAGCUAACAAGAGUUCUUAAAGUCGCUUGUUGGUGCAUCCAGGAUGAUGAAACUCAUAGACCAUCAAUGAGCCAAGUGGUUCAAAUUCUUGAGGGGGUUUUGGAUGUUGAACUGCCAACAAUCCCACGGUCUCUGCAAGUGUUUGUUCAGAACCCAGGGAAUAUAGUUUUCUUCACCGAGUUAUCUUCAAGCAGAAGUAUGCAAGCACAGAGCAAUACCUCAGCUGCUUCCUCUCAAGCCAGGAGCAUGACGCCAAGAGCAUGACCAAUGCCGAAUUGUGAAUGAUAUCAGGUGAAAAUGCAUGGCACUGUCGAAGCGGUCAAUUAUUAUAUUUAUACAUAUAUAACUCUAUAUUUUUUUAUCAGUGGCUGAAAGCUUUUCUUUUUAGUGGUUUCUCUUGCUUUUGUUGUUUGUAAUAGGAGCAUUGGCUUUUAGGUUUUUGAUUAGAGUAUUAUAAGGUAUGGUUUUUCUUAGGAAAAUGCAUUGUUGGUUCUAAAGUUUACCCCUCUAUUUUAGUGUAUUGCAGUAUACUCUUCUAAAGUUUAACACUGCAAAAGAAACUUAAGCUCCAGCUGAUUUACAGUAUACUCUUCUAACUGUCGAAUGGAACUUGAGUUUUCU